AUGCAAGAAAAUUUGAAUGAAAUAGGGAAGAAAAAACAACAAGCCCAAGAGGAGUUAGAGCAGAACACAACUGUGUUUGUGGAUGAAAAUAUGGAAGAAGAAAGAGGCUCUUCAUCACUUCCCAAAUCACAAUCCUCUGAUGCACACCAUGAAGGCACUAAUAGAGGGAAGAGAAAGCUAGAUAACAUAGACAAUUUUUUUGCACCAAGAACUAGAGCAGGUUCUCAGCCAUCAUUGAAAAGUGUAAUGGCAUCCAAAGAAGCCAUUCACCGUGCUGAUUUAGCUGUUGCACGGUGGUUUUAUGAUAUUUGCAUUCCAUUGAAUGCCAUAAACUCUAAUUUUGCUCAAAAGGCAAUUGAUGCUAUAGCUGCAAUUGGACCUGGAUACAAAUUGCCUUCAUACUACAAAUUGAGAGUUAAUCUGCUACGAGAUUGUAAAGAGGAAUGCAGGUUGUUGAUUGAUUCAUACAAACGAUCUUGGUCAGAAAUAGGUUGCACACUUAUGGCUGAUGGCUGGACAGAUAACAGGAAUAGAACCUUGAUUAAUUUUCUUGUGUACUGUCCAAGGGGUGUAGCUUUUUUGAAAUCUGUGGAUGCAUCUGAUAUCACGAAGGAUGCCAAGACUUUAUGUUCAUUAUUUUGUGAAGUUGUUGAAUGGAUAGGGCCACAUAAUGUUGUGCAGCUUGUGACAGAUAAUGCUGCAAACUACAAGAAGGCGGGGGAACUACUACAUGAAAGAUUUGGCAACAUAUAUUGGUCUCCAUGCUCUGCUCAUUGUUUAAAUCUCAUUCUUAAAGAUAUUGGAAAUAUGUCUCAUAUUCAAGAUCUAGCACAAAGAGCAUCAAAAGUUACCAUUUUUGUGUAUAACCAUGUUUUUGUUUUAGCAUGGCUAAGAAAAAGAGAUGGUUGGAAAGAAAUUAUUAGGCCUGGAGCAACUAGAUUCGCUACAACAUUCAUCACUUUGAAAAGCAUGGCUGAUCACAAGCUUGACUUACAGGCUUUCAUAACAAGUAAAGUUUUCUUUGAUUCAAAGAUAUCCAAAACAGUAAAAGGGAAAGAGGUAUCAGCUAUCAUUUUGGAUAAUAAGUUUUGGAAUGACUGUUUGCUAACUUCCAAAUUAUCUGGGCCUUUAAUUCGGUUAUUGAGAAUUGUAGAUUCUGAUGAGAAACCAUCUCUGGGCUUUCUUUAUGAUGGCAUGUACAAGGCAAGGAAAGCUAUUAAGUUAAUGUUUAGAAAUGCCAAAAGGAUGUAUAAACCUUACACAAGUAUUAUAAAGAGGAGAUGGGAUAGGCAGUUAAGACAAGGCAUACAUUGUGCAGCUUAUUUUCUUAAUCCACAUUUUCAGUAA